AUGGCUGGUGAACGGCACCCUCACGGAGCCAAGCCAGAAGUCGUCUCUGAACGUGAACACCGCAAGCAUAGCAUCAAAGAGCACCUGCCCGAAUUCCUUCAACUUCACGACCCGGCAAAGCCUGCGCCAGCGGAGGCUACUCCGGCAAAGGAGCCCGAAGCAGUCGAGGGUCAAGCAAGACGGAGGUCAAGCGUCCAAGCAAUAGUCCACGCGCCUGAGGAUGCGGUGCAUAAAUUCGAGGAAUCGAAGCCGGUGCAGGCGUGGGAGAAGGCCUUUGACAAGGUCUAUAAUGGAGCAGUUCGGACAGGCAUGAUGAUCUAA